UUUGACAUAUUCAAAUGUCAAAUUGAAAAAUUUAAAAUAUUUUUUCCCGAUGUUUGUGGUUUUGAUGGAAAUUAACCCAUGGAAAUAAAACAAGAAGUUACUGACUUAAGUUCUGACCCCUAUUCCGAUAAUUAUUUAAUCAAAACCGAAGUAAAUCAUGUGUAUCAACCGAACGUGAUAACAAAAUUAAAAGAUGAAGUAAUUCCAACAUCAACUUCAUCAAUAACAGCUAACACAAAAUGGUCACCAGGUCGAUGGCAAGAUGCGACUAGAAAAAGUGCAUUCCAACCGUAUAAAUCAUCGAAAUGUACCGUUCUAACAAAUUUACAACGUGGUAAUACACAAACCGAGACCCCAAUACCACAUGAUUCAGAUAUCAAUUUUCAUACACGAGCGGGCCAAGGUGAAAUUACAGUGCAUGAUAUUAAAAAUGAACCAUCGGUGGAUAUUGUCGAUAGUAAUGGUUUAACUGCGUUACAAUGGGCCGCUGCAUAUGGACAAAUGACUGCAAUUAUUCGUUUGAUUGCAAACGGUGCGAAGGUGAAUUAUGUUGGACAAGAUGGUGAAACUUCGUUGUUGUUAGCGGCGGCUGGUGGACAUCAUGAUGUUGUGAGAAUAUUGUUGAAUGAAGGAGCUUUAGUGAAUCAUACGGACCAUUUGGGUAAUACUGCUUUAAUGUAUGCUGCUUAUGGAGAUCAUCCACAUAGCUGUAAUGAAUUGUUACUCCGCGGUGCCGAUAUAACGAUGAGUAAUGAUGCCGGGGAUUCAGCUUACAGUUUAGCAGUAGAAAAUAAUAGUAAAUUAGCACAAGCCGUCAUUGAAAAUUAUAUGUUGACUUUAUUAUCAAAUUAAAGUUUAUUUUAUUAACCUCCGACGUAAAAAGAGCGGUGUUUUAACUUUGACCGUUAUGUCUAUGUGCCUCGAUAAGAAUAAAAUCGAUCAAAUUACCUAUCAAGCAAACAAAAAAUCAAAAUUGGUUCACCCACUUAGGAGUUACGAUGCUAUGAACGAGUCGACCACAUAUGAUUUUGUACCGGAGUUUUCUUUAAAUUUUUAAUUUAUGUGUUUUGUUAUGAUGAAUGAUGAUCGAGUGAAGUUUACUUAAAUUAUUGUAAAAUA